AUGGGUAUAUUCGUUGUUACGGGCGCACGAAGAGGAAUUGGGCAGGAGUACGUGCGGCAGCUCUCAGAUUCCGAGGAAAAUACGGUCAUCGCGUUAGUCCGUUCGCUCAGCGCUGAUCUUACAGCACUGAGGGAUGUUGAGUCUCAUGCAAAGGGCCGUGUGCACAUUCUUGGCUGCGACAUCACGUCCGACGAAUCCGUCCCGUCGCUGCGCGAAGAGGUCGCAUCGAUUCUGAAAGGAGAUGCUGAGAAGAUAGACGUCAUCAUCAACAAUGCCGCAAUAAGCAACGAUCAAGGAGUGGCCAGCCGUGAUCUUUCUGCAUCGGUACUUCUCGACCACGUCAAUUCUAACGUUUGCGGUCCCGCUAGGGUGGUCCAGAGCCUUCUGCCGUACCUCAAGGAGAACGGAAUCAUAGCCAAUAUUUCGUCGGGUUUGGGCAGUCUGGGAUUGCUCUCAGAAGAAAAGAUCCCACCUCACAUACCCUCCUACAGCAUCAGCAAGGCGGCGUUAAAUAUGCUCACAGUUCACCAAGCAUACGAGCUCAGAGGAAAGGCCAUCAUAGUCUCCAUCGAUCCAGGACAUGUCAAGACGGAUAUGGGCGGUGAAAAAGCCGUCCUGGAAAUCCAUGACAGUGCAGGACAAGUGCUCUCUACACUAGCAAAUCUCAAGUCAGAGGAUAGUGGGAAGUUUUUGGAGUACAAUGGGUCCAUAGUGCCUUGGUAA